GUUGUUAUAGUAACAAGCGUCAGGAGUUUAGCACCGGUGAACAGUGGAGCUAACAGUUAAUAAUUACACUAAGAGCUCUCACAUUACACAACCAGCUGCAUUAAGAAGAUUGGAGAAGAGAGCUGUCAUGCACAUGCUGAGCUGACACACACAGACGGAGAUGCCAGACGCUAGAGAGCAGAAGGACGAAUCCAAGUCAUCGUCUGAAGAUGAGCUGGAGAAACAGCCGUGUAUCGCCUGGAGUGGUGUCAGUAAACGCAUUCCUGUGCUGCUAUUCUGUGCUGAAGCCAUUGUGUCUAAAGAUGUGGCCAUCCGCUCUGUUGGAGAAAAAUAUAACUUGGCCUUCAAGAUUGUGCGAACAGAGAGUCGUCUUGUGCGUGGCAUACUGGUCAAUCAUGGAUUCCAUGAGGUGCACCCAAACAGCAAUGAUUUUAACCUGAUGUGGACCGGCUCACACCUGAAGCCUUACCUUCUGCGCUCUCUGCAGGAUUUCCAGAAAGUCAACCAUUUUCCCAGGUCGUACGAGCUCACGCGGAAAGACCGGCUCUACAAAAACAUCCAGAGGAUGCAGCAAAGCCACGGCUUUCACAACUUCAGCAUCGUACCACAGACGUUUGUGCUGCCCGCAGAGUACCAGGAAUUCAGCAACUCCUUCAGCAAAGACAAGGGUCCGUGGAUCAUCAAACCAGUGGCGUCCUCCAGAGGUCGAGGCAUCUACCUAGUCAGCAAUAUCAGUCAGAUCCCAUUGGAUGAGAAUAUUUUAGUGUCGCGGUACAUCAGCAAUCCUCUGCUGAUUGACGAUUUUAAGUUUGAUGUGCGUCUGUAUGUCCUGGUGACCUCUUACGACCCUCUCGUCAUCUACCUGUAUGAAGAGGGCCUGGCCAGGUUUGCCACGGUGAAGUAUGACCACGCCACUGCAAACAUCAAGAACCAGUUCAUGCAUCUGACCAACUACAGCGUCAACAAGAAGAGCAGCGACUACGUCAGCUGCGAUGACCCCGAAGUAGAGGAUUAUGGGAACAAAUGGAGCAUGAGUGCAAUGCUGAGAUAUUUGAGACAAGAAGGCAAAGACACCACACUGCUGAUGGGCCAGAUUGAGGAUCUGAUCAUUAAAGCUGUUCUGAGUGCUGAGAUCCACAUCGCCACGUCCUGCAAGAUGUUUGUUCCUCAUCGGUGCAACUGCUUCGAACUGUAUGGUUUCGACGUUCUCAUUGAUUCCAACCUCAAACCCUGGCUCUUGGAAGUGAACCUCUCCCCCUCUUUGGCAUGCGACGCUCCUCUCGAUUUGAAGGUGAAGGCCAGCAUGAUCUCCGACAUGUUUUCUCUCGUGGGUUUUGUGUGUCAGGAUCCUUUAUUACGGCAGCCACGCGCUGAGAGAGCUGGGUUUGAUCUAAGAUUGAAGAUUCCCACCCAGAAGCAUCAGCGUCAGAGACCGGCGUCCAGCAGCAGUGCUGACCCACAGACUCAGAGGGAGAAACACGGCUGUAAACACACAGACGACACGCUGAGUCUGUCAGCAGAGGAGAUGAAGGUGCUGAGGAGGGUCCAGGAGGAGUAUGAGCGCAGGGGGGGAUUCAUACGCAUCUUUCCCACUCCAGACACCUGGGAGAUUUACAGUGGUUAUCUGGAGUACAAGACGUCUCUGAAUGCCAUGUUGGCUAAUAAACUUUUCCAUAGAAGAUCCCUGACGUCCCGCUCGAGGGUCCAGGCGACUGAUGGUAUUUCUCUGGUGCUCGGGGCCUUUUACACACAUCAUGUGGUCCAGUAUGAAAGAAAGCUGCUUACACUCGAGGCGCGAAAGAAGAGGCGGAAACCUGCACGAGUUUCCAGAAGAAGACCACCGACAGGUGUCAAGUGCUCUCCGUCGCCUCACACCAGUGAGAAUGAGGAUGGGGUGGAGGGACAGAUGGAGGUCCAGUCAUCUGACCAGCACACACAGCCCAAAGUCAAUCUGCUCCACAUCCUCCAGCAGGGCUGGGACCUCAGUAAAGUUCAAGCCCGCAUGGCCUUCUCCUCAUACCUGCACCGCGUUCAGCUGCGCCUGCUAGCUGAGAGCAGAGCGAACAGAAGCCCGGCCUGGACACAGAAGGAGCACGAUCAGAUGGAGCUGGUUGUACGUUUUCUAAAGCGAGCCAGCAGUAAUCUGCAUCAGGGCAUGAGUGUGAAGGAGCCCAGUCUGCAUCUGUGUCUGCAGGAGCGCCAACACAUCCUCUCACAGCAGCUCGAAAGCUUUAUCCAGCUCUACGACCAGGAAACCAAGCAAAUGGUGCAGAGUUUGGAGCCGAUGACAGAUGAAGGUCGCUGCAUCAACUCCACCGUUUUCCAGGAGUUCAUUCUGGAGGCCAGCGAAAGCGACCUGGAGGAAGUGCUGACCUUCUACACUCAGAAGAACAAGUCUGCCAGUGUGUUUCUGGGCACAAAGUGUCACCGAGUCAAGAAGAGCAGCGAGGAGAAGCCGGAGACUGCACAUGUCAACACAGGCACAUCUGGAGGUGUAGAGAAUACAGCGGCAAUCAGCAAAACCCAAAGUGCAGACAGUAACACAGCAACUCCAGCAGGAGACCAGCGGCAAAAUCAUCCAACCAGCACUGAAAACUGUGCUGCAGCUAAAAACACCGGCAAAAUCAAGUGCAUCUCGUUGCGAAAUCCCACCCAAAGCGGAGACUGCAGCGCUAAUGAAGCGCCAGCCAACGACACAGAAGACAUAACCAGGAAAACUGCAGUCAGAAACAAGAAAACGCAGCUAAAAACAGCGUACAGCGCAGCUCUGGAGUGUGAACACAUCAUUUUACAGCACGCCGUCCCUCCAGAACCACCACCGUACCUGCAGCCGCCCCCACACCCGCUAGCCAACACCAGCACAUGGGCUUCAGCUACGCACACAGCUCCCUCCAUCUCCAUCCAGAGACCCUCACGGCCGUCCUCUGCAGGACACGUGAUUCACAGCUCCAGCAUCAGUAAGUUGAGGCCUGGGUCAGCCGGUGUUGUCAAGGAGACGGACUCUCUGACGACCCAGGCUCAGUCCAACCAGCAGGCCAUCGUGUCUGCUCUGAGGAAACUGGUGGAGAAGCAGACGGCACGCCAGUACAGCACAUCCAGCCACAUCAGCCUGCUCACACAACACCUGACUAAUCUGAAUCUGGCCAAUGGGCUCUUCAGCAGAGGCGGACUCACGUUGGCUCCCGGGGUUCCACAUGAACCUGUGAGAACGGUUCAUAAAGACACCACCGCCGGGAACUCUAGUCUCAGGCCUGCGUGUGAAUCCGAGUCGGUGUGUGAUGGUGAUCCGGGCAGUCAGAAGCAGCGGUCGGCCGCGGGCAGCUAUCAGCUUCAGUUCGCCAUCCAGCAGCUCCAGCAGCAGAAACUCAGAUCCAGACAGCUGCUGGACCAGAGCCGCACACGCCACCAGGCUGUUCUGGCAUCCCACGCACACACACCAGCGGCUUCAGCUCGACCUGUGGCUCCCAGCAGUCCUGUGAAACAGCCCUUCAUUCGCACCCUGAACCAGACGAGUGGGAUCCUGACGCCCAAACCCCCCAGCAGCACCCCGAGAGACGGACGCGCACGCAAGACUCUCACACACUCCACAGUGCACAGGACAGCUUUAUCUGAGACUCCAGCUGCUCACACGACCACCAGUGGACAACAUGUGGUGUAUGACACUGUGUGCGCAAAGACAGGUCUGUCGGUGUACAGUAAACUCUUCCACACUCAGGGCUCCAGGAACAGAUGAAUGACCAUCAGCUGCUCUCUGGGAUACUUUUACACACUCAUGAAACCCCCCUGUCAGAAACUCACAGCCUCUUCAAACUUGACUACACUCCCUUAUGUUUCAGCCUUAUGUGUGUGUUCUUCUUUGUUUUGUUUUUUUGAGUGUGUAUGUGUCUGGAUCUGAAGGCUUUCUGUCUCACGUGUGAUUUUCAGCCCAUGCUAAAGAGCGCAGACUGAUGUCUCUCAACACUGAGAACGCCAACAGCCGAGUUUUAGCACGUUUACAUGAGUUCAGACGCUCUCCACCUGCGCAAGUGCCUCAGUCAACCACAGAUACAACAAUCACCAGGUAAAGCUGAUGAGGGGUGAGGAAAAUACAAGAAGAAAAAGGAGACGCUUGGAGUAUUUCUGCUUUGUUUAUAAAGUAAUCGUCCGUACGUCAAGAUCAGUUCAGUUUUUAUGAUGUUUCUUAUUUUAGGGGUAUUAAAUUGGUCUGAAAAAGGGAUAGUUCACCCAGAAAUGGUGAUUCUGUCAUCGUUUACUCGUAGGUAUUUAUGUAUACCUACAGUGUUCUAUUGAACACAAAAGAAGAUAUUUUGUAGAAUGUUGGAAACUUGUAAGCGUUGACUUGCAUUAGGAAAAUCCAAUAGUAUGAAAGUGACAGGUUUCCAGCUUUCUUUAAAUAUCUUUUGUGUUCAACAGCAGAAAGAAACUCUGAAAGGUUUGAAACGAGUAAAUAAUGACUGAAUUUGUUUUAUUUUUGGGGUGAACCGACCCUUUCUAAAGCAAAACACUUGGUUGUUUUAAGCAUUAAAUCAUUUGAAGGGACAGUUCACACAAAUAAAUUACAAUUCUGUCAUCAUUUACUCAACCUAUGCAGCAUUGGGUUUGUUUUUGUUCUGUUGAACACAAUAGAAGAUAUUUUGAAGAAUGUUGGAA